GGAGGGGGAGGAGGAGGAGGAGGAGGAGGCCGCGCGGACCGUGCCGCCGAGACAGAGGCAGGGAGAGACGAGCGCCUUCUCCGCAGCCGAAGAGAGCCUUCCCCGCGCCGCCUUUUUGGAUUUGGGGGAAGAGCAAGCACCCGCCCACGAAGGCUGCCGCCGGCUCUGAGGAUGCCUCGCCGGCUGGGUUAAAGGCGGGAGGAAGAAGAAAGGGAGGAAGAAGAAGGAGGAACGGGCAGGCAGGAGCGGACCCCGUCUUGCCCUCCCCAAAACUUUUCCCGAGGAAACAACUUCGCUCCGCCUGCGAUGCGGGGGGUUCGUGGUGCUCCUUUUCCCCGCUUCUCCCGCGCCUCCACCCCCCUCCGGAGCCUCGGGUGAGGUUCCUCCCGACCGCCGCGCUCCCUCUCCUCGCCCUGUUGAGCCUCCGCAGCUCGCAGCACAAGCCCCGGGUGCCCCGAAGCCUCCCCCCUCCAUCCCACCCGCGGAUCUGCUCCGGAGGCGCCGAGCGAAGCCCUCACUCCGGAGGAUGAAGCGGCUGCUUCGGGGAGCAGCCGCCCUUGCCCGCCCCUCCUUGGACUGCUUCCCCUGAAAGCGGGGCCUUCCUUGAAGCGGACCCCGCUCUCCUCCUUGCUUCGGAUCCUGGGAAGGACUCCCAGGAGGGGGAUCUAUCUGUCUUCUCUCCAUCCAUCCAUCCACCUCUCCGGCGAAGUUCUUCCUCUCCUCCCAGCCUGGAAGGAAUGGGCAACUCCUGGGAGCUCGUGGGCUGGGCGCUCUUCCUGGCUCUGGUGGGCAUCCUCGCCGCCUCGGCUCAAGAUGAUGUUUCCCCAUAUUUCAAGACAGAGCCGGUGCGCACUCAGGUCCAUCUGGAGGGUAAUCGCUUGGUCCUGACCUGCAUGGCAGAAGGCAGCUGGCCUCUUGAGUUCAAAUGGCUGCACGACAACAGGGAGCUGACCAAAUUCUCAUUGGAAUACAGGUACAUGAUCACAUCCUUGGACCGUACCCAUGCCGGCUUCUACCGUUGUAUCGUGCGCAAUCGCAUGGGAGCCCUGCUGCAAAGGCAGACUGAAGUUCAGGUGGCAUACAUGGGGAGCUUUGAAGGAAGUGAGAAGCAGCAAAGUGUCUCUCAUGGUGAAGCUGCUGUCAUCCGCGCCCCCCGCAUUGCCAGUUUCCCUCGCCCACAAGUCACUUGGUUCCGAGAUGGCCGCAAAAUCCCUCCCAGCAGCCGCAUAGCUAUCACCCUGGAGAACACUCUUGUGAUCCUAUCAACAGUGGCCCCUGAUGCUGGACGGUACUACGUGCAGGCUGUAAAUGACAAGAAUGGAGAUAAUAAGACCAGCCAACCUAUCACACUCACCGUGGAGAAUGUAGGUGGCCCAGCAGAUCCCAUUGCACCAACCAUUAUUAUCCCACCACGCAACACCAGCGUAGUAUCUGGUACAUCAGAAGUGACCCUUGAAUGUGUGGCCAAUGCAAGGCCACUGAUCAAGCUGCACAUCAUCUGGAAAAAGGGCGGUGUCCCUGUGUCCACUGGUAUCAGUGACUUUAACCGGCGCCUGACAAUUCUCAACCCCUCACUGAGUGACAGUGGCUACUACGAGUGUGAAGCAGUGCUGCGCAGUAGCAGCGUCCCCUCUGUGGUUCGAGGAGCCUACCUCUCUGUGUUGGAGCCACCUCAGUUUACCAAGGAACCAGAGAGACACAUUACAGCUGAGAUGGAGAAGGUAGUUCAGAUUCCAUGCCAGGCCAAAGGUGUGCCUCCACCCCGUAUGUUUUGGUACAAGGAUGCAGUGCUACUUGCUGUGGAAAGACUUGCACGUUUCCAGCUCCUUGCCAAUGGGAGCCUGCAGAUCAGUGGAUUAGUGCCAGAUGACACAGGCAUGUUCCAGUGUUUUGCCCGCAAUGCUGCUGGUGAGGUGCAGUCCUCCACAUACCUGGCUGUCACCAGUAUUGCCCCUAACAUAACCAAAGGACCUCUGGACAGCACAGUGAUUGAUGGAAUGGCAGUGGUGCUCAACUGUGAGACCUCAGGGGCUCCCAGGCCAGCUAUCACCUGGCAGAAAGGUAAUGGCGAACGAAUCCUGGCCAGUGGCUCAAUCCAGCUUCCUCGUUUUACACUGCUGGAGUCAGGAAGCCUCCUCAUCAGCCCUGCACGGAUCUCAGAUGCAGGCAGCUACACUUGCCUGGCCACCAACUCCCGUGGAGUCGAUGAAGCCUCUGCUGAGCUUGUCGUCUGGGCCCGGACUCGCAUCACCAAUCCACCUCAGGACCAAAGUGUUAUCAAAGGCACCAAGGCUUCCAUGACUUGUGGAGUGACCCACGACCCCAGUGUAAUUGUUCGGUUCAUGUGGGAAAAGGAUGGUGCAGCACUGAAUGUAGAGAAUGUGCCGCGCUUGCGACUGGAAACCACAGGGACUUUACACAUUGCUCAAACCUGGUCAGGUGAUAUUGGCACCUACACCUGUCGAGUGGUGUCAGCUGGAGGCAAUGAUUCUCGCAAUGCUCACCUACGAGUCCGGCAGCUCCCCCAUGCACCAGAAAACCCAAUUGGCAUGCUGAGUGCUAUGGAGAAACGUGCCAUCAACUUGACGUGGACCAAACCCUUUGAUGGGAAUAGCCCACUGCUGCGGUACAUCCUUGAAGUCUCAGAGAACAAUGCUCCCUGGACAGUGCUCAUGGCCAGUGUGGACCCUGAAGUUACUUCAGUGCUGGUAAGAGGAUUGGUUCCUGCUCGUUCAUACCAGUUCCGACUCUGUGCAGUCAAUGAUGUGGGCAAAGGCCAGUUCAGCAAGGACACCGAGAGAGUGUCCCUCCCUGAAGAACCCCCCACAGCACCUCCACAAAAUGUUAUUGCCAGUGGCCGCACAAACCAGUCCAUCAUGAUACAGUGGCAACCGCCACCUGAAAACCACCAGAAUGGGAUCCUAAAAGGCUACAUCAUCAGAUUUUGCCUGGCUGGCUUGCCUGUUGGCUACCAGUUCAGGAACAUCACUAAUGCUGAUGUCAACAAUCUGCUGCUUGAAGAUCUGAUCAUUUGGACCAACUAUGAGAUUGAGGUAGCUGCAUACAACAGCGCUGGACUUGGCGUCUACAGUUCCAAAGUCACUGAAUGGACUCUCCAGGGGGUUCCCACCGUGUCCCCUGGUAAUGUGCAGGCUGAGGCCACCAACUCCACCGCCAUUCGCUUCACCUGGAACCCUCCCAGUCCCCAGUUUGUCAAUGGCAUCAACCAAGGCUACAAGCUGAUUGCCUGGGAACCAGCGCAAGAAGAAGACAUGACUGUGGCAACAGUGAGGCCUAAUUUCCAAGAUAAUAUCCAUGUGGGCUACAUCUCAGGCCUCAAGAAGUUCACUGAAUAUUUUACAUCAGUGCUGUGCUUCACCACACCAGGCGACGGACCCCGCAGCCCACCGCAGCUGGUGCGCACCCAUGAGGAUGUUCCGGGUCCAGUGGGCCACCUCAGCUUCAACGAGAUCCUGGACACAUCUCUGAAGGUCAGCUGGCAAGAGCCCCUAGAAAAGAAUGGCAUUCUAACAGGCUACCGGAUCUCUUGGGAGGAAUACAACCGCACAAAUACACGUGUGACGCAUUAUCUGCCCAAUGUAACCCUUGAAUACCGGGUCACUGGCCUCACAGCCCUCACCACGUACACCAUUGAAGUGGCAUCCAUGACUUCAAAGGGACAAGGACAACUUUCCUCAUCCACUAUUUCCUCUGGAGUUCCACCAGAACUUCCUGGGGCUCCUACCAACCUGGGCAUCUCCAACAUUGGUCCCCGCUCAGUCACACUACAGUUCCGUCCUGGUUAUGAUGGCAAAACAUCCAUUUCCAGGUGGCAGGUAGAGGCACAGGUGGGUCAGACUGGUGAGACUGAAGAGUGGACCCUGAUCCACCAAUUGUCUAAUGAGCCAGAUAUCCGUUCCAUGGAGGUGCCCAACCUUAAUCCUUACACAUACUACAGCUUCCGCAUGCGACAGGUGAAUAUCGUGGGCACUAGCCCACCCAGCCUGCCUUCCCGCAAGAUCCAGACGUUGCAGGCGCCACCUGACAUAUCUCCUGCCAAUAUCACAUUGCGAACAGCCAGCGAAACCAGCCUCUGGCUGCGAUGGAUGCCCCUGCCAGAGACGGAGUACAAUGGCAGCCCCGAGUCUGUAGGCUACCGGUUGCGCUACUCACGCUUAGAUGGCCGUAGUCGCACAAUGACCAACACCAUCCAUGACCGCAUGGAACGUGAAUUCACCAUUGAGGACCUGGAAGAAUGGACUGAGUACCGAGUCCAGGUGCAGGCCUUCAAUGCCAUUGGGCCUGGGCCAUGGAGUCAGACCGUGGUGGGGCGAACCCGGGAGUCAGUGCCUUCAUCAGGGCCCACCAACAUCUCAGCCCUGGCAACUACAUCCACUUCUAUGCUGGUGCGAUGGAAUGAUAUCCCCGAGGGUGACCGAAAUGGACUUGUACUGGGCUACAAGGUCAUGUAUAAAGAAAAGGAUUCAGAUGCCAGGGCCCAGUUCUGGUUAGUGGAAGGCAAUGCCUCACGGAGUGCCCAGCUGAUAGGCUUGGGCAAGUAUGUGCUGUAUGAGAUCCGGGUGCUGGCUUUCACCCGCAUUGGUGAUGGUGUCCCCAGUAAUCCACCCAUCCUUGAGCGCACUCUGGAUGAUGUGCCAGGGCCCCCAGUGGGCAUUCUCUUCCCUGAAGUGAGAACAACUUCUGUACGGCUAAUCUGGCAACCACCAGCUGCUCCCAAUGGUAUCAUUCUGGCAUACCAGAUCACCCACCGCCUCAAUACCACAACUGCUAAUUCAGCCAAUGUGGAAGUCCUCAACCCUAGCGCUCGCCAGUUUACUGCUACUGGACUUAGACCCGAAUGCACAUAUCUCUUCCGUAUUACAGCACAAACCCGAAAGGGUUGGGGCGAAGCAGCAGAAGCACUGGUGGUCACAACAGAGAAGAGAGACCGUCCCCAACCUCCUAGCAAGCCAGUUGUGUUGCAGGAAGAUGUCAAGGCAAGGAGUGUGCUACUCUCCUGGGAGCCAGGCAGUGAUGGUCUCUCCCCAGUCCGGUACUAUACGGUGCAAACACGGGAACUCCCUGAUGGGAAAUGGGUGCUACAUUCUGCCUCUGUCAACCACAAUACAACAUCCUUCAUAGUCAACAGACUGAAGCCUUUCACCAGCUACAAAUUCCGGGUCAAGGCAACCAAUGACAUUGGUGACAGCGCAUACAGUGAAGAGUCAGAAUCCCUCACCACUCUACAAGCUGCCCCAGAAGAAGCUCCCACCAUCUUGUCAGUGACACCUCACACCACCACAUCUGUCUUGAUCCGCUGGCAGGCUCCAUCUGAGGACAAAAUCAAUGGCAUCUUGCUCGGCUUCCGUAUUCGCUAUCGAGAGCUGGCCUACGAAGGUAUGAGGGGCUUCACCACACGCAGUAUUGGCAAUCCCAACGCAAGAUGGACAGAGCUAACCACAACUUAUGCCAUGAAGAACUUGACCGAGGCCUCCCUCACACAGUAUGAGCUGGACAAUCUGAACAAACACCGGCGCUAUGAGAUUCGAAUGACUGUCUACAAUGCUGUGGGUGAGGGGCCCACCAGUUCACCACAGGAGGUCUUUGUUGGGGAAGCUGUCCCCACAGCUGCACCACAGAACGUGGCCAUCCAAACUACUACAGCCACCCAGCUUGACAUCACGUGGGAGCCACCACCUCCUGAGGCACAGAAUGGCGACAUCCAAGGCUAUAAGAUCUAUUUCUCAGAGGCCCAGCGGCACAAUGAAACUGAAAAGGUGAAGACACUUUUCCUACCAGAGAAUAGUGUCAAACUAAAGAACCUGACUGGCUACACUGCCUAUCUCAUCAGCAUCCUGGCUUUCAAUGCUGCAGGUGAUGGACCCCGCAGUCCACCUAUCAAGGGGAGGACCCAGCAAGCAGCCCCCAGCUCCCCAGGCUCGAUCAAGUUCAGUGAACUCACCACCACUUCUGUAAAUGUGUCCUGGGAGCCACCCAUCUUCCCCAAUGGGAUCCUUGAAGGCUACCGUCUUAUCUAUGAGCCCUGCAUGCCUGUGGAUGGUGAGCGUCUUAGAGGUGUCAGCAAGAUUGUUACAGUGGACGUGAAAGGGAACAGCCCCCUCUGGUUGAAAGUCAAGGACCUGGCAGAAGGAGUCACAUACCGGUUUCGAAUCCGAGCAAAGACUUUCACUUACGGGCCAGAAGUGGAAGCCAAUAUCACAACAGGCCCAGGAGAAGGUGCUCCAGGACCGCCAGGUGAGCCCUUCAUCUCCAGGUAUGGCUCAGCUAUCACCAUCCACUGGUCUAGUGGUGACCCAGGCAAAGGGCCAAUCACCAGAUACGUUAUCGAGGCACGUCCUUCAGAUGAGGGACUCUGGGAUAUUCUCAUUAAGGAUAUCCCCAAAGAAGUGACUUCAUACACCUUUAGCAUGGACAUUUUGAAGCAAGGUGUCAGCUAUGACUUCCGAGUCAUUGCUGUCAAUGACUAUGGCUAUGGGACACCCAGCGCUCCCUCCCCAUCAGUCUCAGCUCAGAAAGCCAAUCCCUUCUAUGAAGAGUGGUGGUUCCUGGUGGUCAUUGCUUUGGUGGGACUCAUCUUCAUCCUUCUCCUGGUCUUUGUCCUUAUAAUCCGUGGGCAGAGCAAGAAGUAUGCUAAGAAGUCAGACUCUGGAGGCAACUGUAAGUCGAAUGCACUCGGACAUGGUGAGAUGGUCAGUCUGGAUGAGAGCAGUUUUCCUGCUCUGGAACUGAACAACCGUCGCCUGUCAGUGAAAAACUCUUUCUGCCGGAAAAAUGGAAUAUAUACAAGGUCCCCACCAAGACCUAGCCCUGGUUCCCUGCACUACUCAGAUGAAGAUGUUACCAAGUACAAUGACCUCAUUCCAGCCGAGAGCAGCAGCCUUACAGAAAAGCCUUCAGAGAUCUCUGAUUCACAGGGAAGUGACAGUGAGUAUGAAGUGGAGCAAAACCACCAGAAAGCCCAUUCCUUUGUCAACCAUUACAUCAGUGAUCCAACGUAUUACAACUCAUGGAGACGCCAACAGAAGGGCAUUUCACGGGCUCAGGCCUACAGCUAUACAGAGAGUGACUCGGGUGACCCGGACCAGUGCCCAAUGUCCAACAGCACCAGCACCCAACAGGGCAGUCUCUUUCGGCCCAAAUCCAGUAGGACUCCAACCCCACAAACCCCAGUCAACCCUCCCAGCCAGCAGAGCACCCUUUACCGCCCUCCCAGUAGCCUUGCCCCUGGGUCCAGAGCUCCUAUUGCUGGGUUUUCUUCUUUUGUUUGACAUUUCUAAAGGCAAGAAGAAGAAAGAGAGAAAAUGGUUAAGAAGAUAAAAUCAUGGAGUUAAUAAUAACAAUAAUGAAGAACAUUUUGGUCCAGAAUUAUUAUUUUUAAGAGACGAAGAGAAGAUCAUGUGGGAGACAAUCAGUCAUAGCUGAGUUUGGAACCAUUGACUGCUGCUGUCACAUCUAGUAUUUCACAGUGCUCUUCAAAAACUACCUGUCUGAAAAUGGUAUACCAGGAGCAAGACAGGAUACAGCUCUGUCCUCAGGCCUAGUGCUGAAGGAAGUAAGGAAGGAUGGAUGGAUGGCAACAGGGUACAAGACUGGGAACCCCAAAGCUAAGGCAGCGUUUGGUACUGCAGACCACCUCCUUGCAGGUCAACUCACAGACAGGGAAGGAAACGGUGAACUGGCAUUUCUCAAAUAGUCUCUGUGCAUUUUCUUUCUUUCUUUCUUUCUUUCUUUUCUCCAACCAAAGCUUUCCUCGGAGGGGAACGGGUUUGGGCUCUACAAGCGAUAAACAUGAGCCAGCUGGACUGCUGCAAUCAGAGCUGUUUAAUGCAGGACCUGCAAGCGCGGUGUGCAAGUGACUGGCCAACAGGAAUACGCUCCAGGCGGCUAGCAACUGGCCUGUGGAAGAGCAAGACUGCUAUAUCAUGAUAGCAGUGGGAGCUAAGGAACUGGAACAACACUGAAGGGAUCCACAUUCUCUGAGGCUGUAAUGAAGGAACAAUAGACGUGUAGGCUGGUGAACAACCUCUCUGGCACUCAGGCCAGUUUUGCCUCCAGUUUGCUCUUCUGCUCGCAGUUGGAACAUUUGCAAACAUUAACCAAACUGAAUGGUGCUGACUAAAGAAAGUGUGGUUUCUUUUUGUAUAUUUUGAGGUGAGGAUAGGAGACUAUAUUUGAGAACAGUUAGAAGGAAGCUAAUGAAUUCCAAUUGUAUCACCUCAGCAGAAAGUGUCUUCCCUGGAGCUUUGUGGGAGAGCUGAGCCACUGCAGCCAAACCAAGCCACAAGGCAGAACCCCCACCCCACAUGGUCUCAGCGCCCCGUCGUCUUCUCGGUUCUUUCCCCCCAUUCACUUCAUUGGGCAGGGGAAGAGAGAAAGGAAAGGGGGAAGCCCCAAUCCAAUUCAAGUGCAAUUCGAGGGGGUGUUCAGGGACAGGAUAUAAACUUGACCAUUUAAAUGCUGCACGGCCUCUAGGUACUGGCUUUAGAAAGGAUAACCUCAGUGGGCUGUACUUCAGCCCCACUGCAGCGUUUUCUCUCCUCCUGGUGGUAUCAAAACAAAACAUUCUCUUCAGUUCCAUAGAAAAGGAGAGUUUGUCCCCAAUUCCCCUUUUAUAUUGUUGUUUUAGUUUUUCACAACUCACAACACACAAAGGAGGAGGGAGGGACUGCUAGUGGUGAGAUGGAUUCAAAGUGGUAGCCCCCUCCUCCCUCAAUUUUUUGGUUUUGUUUUGUUUUGAAUUCUAUUUUAGCACAAGGUUAUGGAGGAGGUAGGUGGGAAGUUUUUUGUUUGUUCAUUUUGGCCUAGCAGACCAUGAAUACACAUACACACACAGUGCCUACUGAGCCCCAAGAUCUGCGGUGGCCAUCUUCUCCCCUCCCCUCCGGCAGAAUCAUGGGUUAGAGCAAAAAACAAAAAAAGUGGUAGAACAACGAGGAAAAGAGGGGAGGAAAAGAAAAUGGGAGCCUUCUGCUCUACCUGUAUGACCUUCUUUCCUGGAAGUGCUAGGGAUAUAGUGAUGCCCUUUACGCAACCCUCACCUCACCCCAUGCCUUUAUUUGCACAUUGUUUUCAAAGCCUGGUUUACAAAGGAUUGAGCCUGGAACAUAGGGUCCUUUUAAUAAAGAAUCAAAAGGCAA